UUUUUUUCGAAGAAGCUACUUUUUCAUCAUUAUCGAUAAGACCAUCAACAAAAGCCCUUCACACUGCUUUUAACAUCGGUCAAACCUAGGGAACUAAUUAUAAGGCAGGUCUGAAGCAGGUCUAAAAAUAGGGUAUGGAAGUUUUGGUCAGGUCAUAAGUAGGGUAGGGAAAAUUGCAGAUUUUGGUCAUAAAUAGGGUCAGGGUUUUAGGAAGCAGGCCGCCUAUCCCCACCAAUUUUUCUGGGAGUACCCCCCGGGCUGUAUAUAUUCACCACCAAAGUAAACCCGAACGCAAAAUGCAUACAUAAGACCCUGUAAAAGGCAAUGUGGUUUAAUAUUACAUGCUAACAUUACUUUUUCCUUGACAUUUUCUAUCUCUCAAAGUCUCUCGAUGUGGACGAAGAGGAGAUGUUGGACGCGCUUGAAGCUGUGAGCAGAAAGGAACACUCCAUAGACAUUGAAGGCGCUCAGCAAGCCAUUCAUGAUACAGUUCAAAAUGUUAGAGAAACCGCGGACAAAUUGAAGAUGAUGAACAAAAAGAUGAUCGAUUUAUCAAAGGCAGGAGAAGCUACGGAGGACUUGGAACAAGAAAAGCGACAACUGGAAAGAGAGCUGCAGAUGUACAAGAAAAUGGCAGUACAGCAAAGAAAAGACAUUUUCAACAGGAGAUCAAGUAUUCGAAGAGAUGACACUCAACAGUGGAAACUUGUGGCAGGUGAAAUGGUCGAUAUAUUAAACACAGUGCGUCACGCAGGAAAGCUAGGUAAGACAGCACAUAACAAGUAGUGUACUGUAUUCCUUCCAUAGUUAAAAAAAUCUGUUAAACUUUUUCAUUUCCUCGCCAGUCAUACCCAAAGAUCACGUGCCCAUUUCUAUUCGUGGAAUAACCCUGCCGGGUGUUCCCAGCUGUCUUAUCAAAUCACUGAAAAU